UGAAAACAGCCUCUCAGUCAGACUCACACACAAGACAGAGAAAGCAGAGGGGGAGGAACACUGUAAAAAAAGAAAGGGAAAUUUUGAGAAACAGAGAAGCAACAGGACAAACUGAAGGAAGCAACUUUUGUAGUCUUCUGAAUUUCUAAAUAUUUGUUUUGAUAGAGGAAAAAUUUAAUUUCAUCCCUCUGCAAUAAUCAUUAAGUAUAUUUUUAAAAGAAAACUUUAUUGAUUUCAAACUGAGUACAAAAAACUUUACAAAGCAUUUUUAUUAACAGCAGGGUACCAAUUUUCUUCAUACUUCAGAUUCCUUGUUUUUUCUCUCCUUUUCCUGGUGUGAUAUACAAAAUAAAUAAAGUUUACAACUGAGACUGAAGAUGCUGAUUUGUUAAUUGUGCAAUCACAAGCCAAACUUCUGAACUAGUUCUGUUAAAACGUUGGCAAAACUCUCAGUUUGUUUCACUAUUCCUGGCUGUCUCCCUAUUAAAGCCAAUGGAAAAGAUUGUGAAACAUUCCAGCGUUUGAGAAAUUUUGCUUCACUCAGGAGAAAAUUCAGAAAAGACAGAGAAGAAACAGGAAAAGGCUUAAUCCAGUUUUGGGAUGUCUGCAUAAGGAUAACAGCAGAAGUUAAAGAACAGAUUGGCAGCCAUUUUGUCAAUAAGAUGUCUCUGAAAAUGAAUUUCCUGUUAACAGGUUUACUAGUCAUGGCAUUCAAAAGCUUUGGCUUGGAAAUCACCCCGACGGACACAGAAAUUGUACUCAAUCUCACCAGCAUGAUCUCACUGACUUGCUCUGCAAAUACAGCAAUUGUGUGGCUGCACGAUGGACAACUUAUAGACGCAAAGAUGUCAACAAAAAACAACAUUUUUACAAGCACGCUAACCCUCCGUAAUGUAACGGGCAGCAACACAGGAGAGUACUCCUGUUUAUACAAUCAUUCCCUUGACUUUGCUAACCCAGAGAUGAAGUCUGUCUAUAUUUUUGUACCAGAUCCUUAUUUAUGGUUUGUCCCAGUGGAACAUGAUGAGGAGUUUAUCUACAAAGAAAUGAACAAGGAAGCAACCAUUCCAUGCCGUGUUACUGACCCUAACAUUAAUGUGACUCUCCUCGAGAGAAAAGAUGACAUAGAACUUUCAUUACCCUAUAACAGCAAGGAAGGUUUCACAGGAUACUUUGAGGAUAAAAGUUACCAAUGCAAAGCAACCUUUGAUGGCAAAGAAGUUUACUCUGUUACAUAUUAUGUCUUCAGUAUAAAAGUUUCCACCAUUAAUCUAACUAUUAAAGCAGAGCAGAGUGUGGUGAGAGUAGGAGAGAAUAUCACUGUUUCAUGCAUUGUUAGUGAUAAUGACCUUCUGAACUUCCGAUGGGACUAUCCUCGGAGAAAGAGAGGCAUAAUCAUUGAGCCAGUCACAGACUUCUUCUACGGACCCUCUGAAGAUGUGCGUUCAAUCUUAACCAUCACAAACGUGGAUAAGAGAGACUCAGGAACCUAUACGUGUAAUGCAGCAGAAUCGGUGAACGGUGAACAGGAUGAAAAAGCAAUUGAAGUCACUGUAAUUGAGCGAGGAUUUGUAAAAAUUACAAUGAAUAAUAACAGGACUCAAUUUUCUGAUUUGCAUAAAAGCAAAUCUUUUGAAGUGGUGAUUGAUUCUUAUCCAAAACCCACCAUCGUCUGGUAUAAAGACAACAUCACUUUGAUUGGAAACAACACAAACCAAAUAACUAUUAUAAACCAAAAUAUAUCUGAAAACAGAUAUGUCAGUGAAUUGUCCCUUGUACGUGUCAAAGAACAAGACAGAGGGUUUUACACCCUCAGAGUUUAUCAUGAGGAUGACUUUCAGGAGCAUUCAUUCUACCUACAGAUUAAUGUUCCAGCUGAAAUUAAGGAACUGGUAGAUACGCACCCAGCCAGUGGCGGUCAGAUAGUGACGUGCAGGAGUAAAGGAAUCCCCAUACCAGACAUUACGUGGUACAUCUGCCGAGAACUAAAAAGAUGUAGCAAUAAAGGAUGGGAGCCCUGGAAAAUGUUGGACAACAGCUCUUCAGAAGUGGAUUUUGAGAAGAACUUUACUUACCUUACGUUAGAUGAGCACAACUUGUACAACGUGAAGAGCGUACUUCACUUCCGAGGUGUGGAAGAAUCCUUUGCAGUUCGCUGUUCUGGACAAAAUGCUCUUGGGAGACACCACCUAGAUGUUACUCUUGUGCCGCACUCUCUUCCCUUCAAGGUUGUCCUUAUAUCUGCUAUUCUGGCUUUAGUGGUGUUGGUUGUUAUUUUUCUCACAAUCCUUAUCAUUUUGUGGCAAAAGAAACCACGUUAUGAAAUUCGAUGGAAGGUUAUUGAAUCAGUUAGUUCUGAUGGGCAUGAAUACAUAUAUGUGGAUCCAUUGCAGCUACCUUAUGAUCCAAGUUGGGAACUUCCCAGAGACAAACUCAUUUUAGGUCGAACACUUGGUUCUGGUGCAUUUGGUAGGGUGGUUGAAGCAACAGCCCAUGGUCUUGGUCAUCCACAGGCAUCCAUGAAAGUAGCUGUUAAGAUGCUAAAAUCAACUGCAAGAAGUAGUGAAAAACAGGCGCUUAUGUCUGAACUGAAGAUCAUGAGCCAUCUGGGCCCGCAUUUAAAUAUUGUCAACUUGCUAGCGGCUUGUACCAAAGGAGGACCCAUAUACAUCGUAACUGAAUACUGUCGGUAUGGAGAUUUAGUGGACUAUCUGUACCGGAACAAACAUACCUUUCUCCAGUAUUAUGCUGAUAAGGGAAGGAAAGAAUCUGAAAUGUACAGUAAUGACCCCAUUGGAGAUAGGAUACAGAGCUCUUCAUCUUUCAUUAUAGAAAGUGAUGGUGGCUACAUGGAUAUGAGCAAGGACGACAUGUAUUAUGUGCCAAUGUUGGAUAUGAAGGGAGAAGUCAAAUAUGCUGACAUUGAUGUUUCAAACUACGGCACCACGUAUGAGCUAGAAAAUUACUCUCCAUCAGCUCUAGAGAGAACAAACAAUUCCACCCUUAUAAAUGAAUCCCCAAUCCUCAGUUUUACCGACCUGAUUGGAAUCAGCUACCAAGUAGCCAAUGGAAUGGAGUUCCUGGCUUCUAAAAAUUGUGUUCACCGUGAUUUGGCAGCAAGAAAUGUUCUGAUAUGUGAAGGAAAACUGGUGAAAAUUUGUGACUUUGGAUUAGCCAGAGACAUUGUGAGAGAUUCCAACUACAUUUCCAAAGGCAAUACAUUUCUUCCACUUAAAUGGAUGGCUCCAGAAAGUAUAUUCAACAAUCUGUACACGACAUUAAGCGAUGUCUGGUCUUUUGGAAUCCUCUUGUGGGAAAUAUUCACUUUAGGUGGGACACCAUAUCCUGAGUUGCCAAUGAAUGAACAAUUCUACAAUGCUAUAAGACGUGGUUAUCGGAUGUCAAAGCCUGCAUAUGCUUCAGAAGAAAUAUAUGAAAUUAUGCAAAAGUGCUGGGAUGAAAAGUUUGAAAAGAGGCCUCAAUUUUCCCAGUUAGUGGCUCUCACUGGAAAUCUUUUGGCAGAUGCCUACAAGCAGAGAUACAGAGAGGUAGAUGAAGAAUUUUUAAACAGCGAUCACCCUGCUGUUGUUCGUGUGAGGCCCAGACUAAGCAAAAUGAAUAACUCUUCUCAUGUGGGAAUUAUUGCAAAUAACAUUCUGUACUCAACAAUACAACAAAAUGAUAAUAAUGAUUACAUAAUUCCUCUGCCGGAUCCAAAACCAGAGGAUGACGACAAAGUACCUGACGAGAAUUCAGAAAGUCGUCCAGGCUCUACACUACAAGAAGGUAACACAUCAUCUACAAUUUCUUGUGACAGCCCUCUUGAUCAAACAGAGCCAUUAGAGGAAACGGAGCUCGGUGAACACGAUACUACACAAGAAGUGGAAGAGAGCUUUCUGUAGCCAUCAGUACAAAGACGAGAUUAGUAAACAUCAGUAGCACUUACUCAAGACUCUGGCAAAGACAGAGGAACUAAGUGUAUCUUAUGCAAACAUUUGAACACUAUGCAUUGGAGUGAGUCAAAUCGUUGACCAAAGAUGUGUCCAUCAAGAAACACUACAUUAUUUUUGUGAUUUUUGUGUGUAACAUUUAGGAUGUGAGUGUUUAAUUUUAAAAAAAGAGUUCAUUUCACUGCAUGCGGUAAAUAUAUUUUAUCAAGUAAAUGCAUUGUACGCUUAUAUUUUUAUAAACUUGCACAAGAGCCUGGAGCUGGUGCCGUGCUCGGCCUGCCCAGUACACGCAGAAGUGAAACAAAGCAACCAUAUUUUAACUGUAUUAAACCAGAACUGAGGGCAAGAUAUCAACAGGAAUCAAAAGGCUACAGUUCACCAUCCUUUACAACUGGAGCUAUAACAUAGCAUCCACUGAAGAGAAGAGACAUAAUCUUCCAAAUCUUAAAAACUGAGCUAUGUAAUAUAGGUCCCUUCAAAUUGUUACUGAAGCCAAGGUCUGAUCACUAAGGUGUAGCUAUAAAUACCAGUAGGCUGUACAAAUUCAAUAUAAUAUUAUUAUUGGAGUGUAAUCAACUUCUUUAUACAUUAGUAGCUUAUUAAAUCAAGGGAAGCUGUUAAUUAAAAAGGACAAUGCGGGAAGUAGCAUUAUCAGAUGCACACAUAUUAAACAUGUCAUGAGAAUUAAUUUAUCUACAGAAUUAAUUAAGCCCUCUUUUCAGAUAGAAAUAUGAGCAGAUUAGAUGGGACUUCUGGUUCUUAUCUGUUGUCAGAAUCUAUAUUUCAUUUUUACUAACUCAGUUUCCCUUUGACCUUCAUGCAGGGAGCCACAGAGAAAAGGAAUGUUCUGCAUAAAUUCAUGAAACAAACAAAUUAAAUGGGGCAGUAAUAUCAAAAUGAAACUUUCUUGGUUUAGCUAAAACAUGCUAUUUUAAAGUGCUUUAAAGUUUGCUUUUACUAUGAAAUUUGCUUUGUUCUCUUGGUGUCUUUUGUUGAAGAAUAAAUGUAGACGUUCAGGAGUGCACACCUUUUUUUAAUACUCUAUGGCAGUAUUGUUUGCAACAAUGUUCAAUAUUGCUACAUACAUUGCUGCUAAGGUUAUGUACAUUUUCCUGAGCCCCUUUGAGACUACCUAGAAUUACUCUAGGAUACCAAGAAAACAAAGCAGAUUUGAUAAAAGAAGUAAAUUAGAAAAUGAUUUAAAAUGACAUGCUGUAUCUGAAUCGUGAAACAAUUAAUUUUGUCUUUAUGGUCGUUUUAAUAUGUUUAAAGGGACACUAUUCAAAAAAAUAUUAAUCUGUUAAUCACUUGCAGUACAGUUACAUUUUCAUUUAAUAAUUUUAGGAAACAAAUUUAAAAUCGGAGCUUCCAUUUAAUAAACCAUUCUAAAAAGAGUGGAAAUUAGGAAUUAAUGCCUUUUAGAAAAUCUAGAAGACAGGCGCUUUAUCAUAAAAUAUUUACCUGAAACACUGAAACAUAGAAUUUUUUUUUUUGUGGAAAUGUGAUCUUGAAGUUAUUGGGAACAUUUUAAUUUGCAGUAAUUGUCCUGUUUAGAUUACACUAAUUCCUUUAGGAUAUUUGGAGUAUUACUACCUGCUAAAAUGAUUAUCAUUUUGCAGCUUCAAAAUUCACCAUAAAACAUUGUGUGAAUUUAAAAUUUGCACACAUUUCACAAUUUAUUUACAUAUUUAAAAUUUAAAGUAAGCAACACACUAUUGGUGAUGAUGAAUUUGUUGUAGUUCAGAUAGAAAACUUGUAAAUGUACCUAUAUUGACCAAAAAGUUGAAAAUUUCAAGUUUACCAUCUUUAUCUAUAAGCUUUAUAGCACAGCCAUUUUUAAUUUUAUUCCUAUUAACAUUUAAAAUUAAUUAUUAUUAUCUCCACAUAACACAAAAAUAUGACAAGUUAGCUUCAUGUUUACCCAAUAGAGAAAGUAACUAAUUCAUUUAAAAAAAGGUAAGAUACAAAGAUCAUAUCUGUCACACAUUUCUGCCCAAUUUGAUAAGUUUAAUAGGUUCAGAGAAAAUUUCCAAAAGACCCAAGUAGGGUAAAACUCUACAAAGACACAAAAAACAAACAAAAAAACAAUGCACAAAAAAGCAUUACGUGGAACAUGAACAUUGUGAAACAAAGUGUUUGAGCAAAAAUAAAAACUUUUCAUGUAUUCAAAAUUUAAUAACUAAAAUGUAGAUUAUUUUAAAUUAUUGGUGGCAUUUAUUAAAAAAUGUAGAAAUUGCUCAUGAUUUUUUAUUGUUGUUUUGUUACUGUUUGGUAAACAAUAGACACAGAAUUCUCCUUCUGAGUCAGAUCUUCCAGCCACACUUCCUAAAACUCUAAAAUAAACUACUUUAUAGAUAUAGUGGAAAGUUGGAAACAUUUUUAGAGAUAUUAAAAAUAAUUUACGUUAAUAAUUAAGUACAUCUAAAUAAAUGUGCAAUGGUACGUUAUUUGAAAAAUAGUAUAUUUCUGUUAUAAAUUAUAAAUUGUAUAUUUUGGACCAAAUGUAUUGGGUUUUUUUUAUUAUUUUUAAAACACUAGCAUUGUUGCUGUAAUUGUUUUUAUAAAAUAAAUGAAGUACCUGUUUGUAUUAACUUUCAAAUGGCAGGAUUUAGGUUCAAAGCAAUAUUAUAUAUUAAGGUUAAAAAAAAAAAGAACACAGAUGUUUAUGUUUCUAGAUUUUAUUUUCCUCUGCUCUGGGGCAACAUUGAAUUACUUUUUACAUUUAUGUAUCACUUCUGAUAAAAAAAUGUUACGUCAAUAAUUGUAAUACUUCGGCAUAAAUAGCAAAAACAGUUAACUAAGAUUAAAUAUAGGAAAUAAUAGAAAAUUAGUUUAUAUUCAUCAUCAGUCUGGGAUCUUUUUACCCUCAGCCAUAAUUUUGUGUGACGCUCCAGAGGGCCCCAAAACUUUGUUUGGGGAACACAGCUUAUGGCAUUUUAACAGAAUUUCAUCUAAAUUCAAAAGUCUGUAUGUAAUAAUACCUUAUGUGGUUAAAAAAAAUAAUAUAUAUAUAUAUAUAUAUAUAGAUAUCAAAAUAACAAGAGUAUUGCAUUGAGCAAUGAUACUUUUUUUAUUGGACUAACUAUACAUUUAUAAGUAUACAUUUAUAUAUAUAUAUAUAUAUAUACAGGAGAUUUAAACUAAACUGAAAAUAGGAAGUAGAAAAAAAAAAAAAUCAAAACCUGUGGUGAAUAUGGAUCAGCAGCAGUGGUUGCUCAAUUCUGAAAGAAGUUGCACAAUGUCCAGCAGAAGUAACUUUAUUGUCUGACUUUCUUUUAUAUGAGUUUAAUAGUUUUGAAAACAAAUAUCCGUAAUGGAUACAUUUAUUUAAAGUAUGUGUUUUUUAUAUUAUUUAGAUAGACUUGUCUAAAUGAACAGGCAGGGUACAUGGUGCCUUGUUAGCUUAGCUCCUUCGUAUAGAUUCUUAUUGAUCCUAGACGUGAGGUUUAUAGUCCACGUUUUGUUAGCUUUUAACCAUUUAACUUCGCCGUUACAACUGUGGUGCUAAGUUAUGCCAUGCCAAUAUUAAAGAGACAUUAUAGUGCAAUAAUUAAAUCCUUCUAAUUAAUUAUAACAUUUUAAUAUUAAAUACCAUUUUUUUCAGAAGGUGUUUAACCCCUACAAAGGGGUUAAAGACAUAACGUUUAAGUUGUGUUCCCAGUAGCAAUGCAAAUCGAGCCUAUCAGAAGCAGGUUUUCCACACAGGCACCAGGAACACAUCAAAAAGGUGUCAUUGUGAGAAAUAACCCUGUGAUUAAUAGCAUAAUUCUCUAAUGAAUUACAGCGGUUUACUAUUACAUUAGAAUGUCACUUUAAGUGUAAUUUCAUUUGGUAUGCAGCCCCUUGUCAACUUUUUAAAUCUGAGCCAAAAUAUAAGCCAUCAUCCAAUUGUCAAUAUGCCAUGAUAACACUAAUAUAUAUAUAUAUAUAUAUAUAUAUAUAUAUAUAUAUAUAUAUAUAUAUAUAUACACAAUGACAAUAUGGAUAUAGGCAUCUUCUCAAGCACAUCACUGCCAAGUACUAUACAUUGAUAAACUUUAUCGCUCAAUAACUUGAGGGUUAAGUGUGUACAUAAUGUCAUAUAUGGUUUUGGAUAUUCUUGUAUCUGUAAUUAAUAAGAGAACAUUUGAGUAUACUAUAAGUAUUCAUAUCAUAAUAAAAGAAAUCUGAAACUGUUCAUUAACUCCAGAUUGUUGUUUUUCACGUACUUAUGUAAGAUUUUGCCUGCGGCCAUAUUGAAAAUAUUUUAUAUGUAAAGUCUGUAUAUACUUUUGAAGAUUUCCUAUGUAGACUGCUGCCCAGAGUUAUACUUCACUUUUAGUAAUGUAAGUUUAUAUGACAAUAUUAAUCAACUAUGCACAUUUUUACUGCAAGCUACAAUUUUACACCUUUAUAUGUAACAUUAGUAAAAUUAUUCUGUCAUUUAAUAUAUUUGUUUUGCUUUCUAUGUACCAAGCAUUCUUUUUACUUGUUUUAUGUUGUGAAGCUUCUUUAUGGAAUAUUAAAAUACAGCUAUUGAUUUUAUUGUUUUAGUGGAAUAAAAUGACAAGUGCAAUUAAAGAGUUCAAUAGAACAUUAAAGUCUCAGAUUAAGAAAGGUGAUAUUUUUCCUCAAAAGAAAGAACUACUUAAUCAUGUUAAUUAUACAGUGUACCAUCAACUUAUUUUACAUUGGGUGAAUCAGUAAAACAGAAUAACUGAAUAUUUAAAGGGACAUAAAACAUGGCAAUGCACUUCUACUUCAAAGCUGAACAUAGUGGAUGACUGGUGGCUAUGCACAUAUGCUGUCCCUGAUUGGUUAAUAACUUGUGUUUAGCAUUAGAGCAAAAGUCCAUUGCUACUCUUGAUAUGUAUUAAAGGAUGUAAUUAUGUAUUUAACUUUUUUGCAAUAAAAACAUAGUUCUAUGCAAAUAAAUAAUGUAGUAAUAUAAAACUCUAACAUUAGAUCAUUGUAUUUUUGUGCUUUUAUAUCCCUUAAAUAAUAUUUUUCUAUGGGUGGUAUCAAUAAUCAAUAACUAUAUUCAUUAUAAAAUGGUCAUCAUGGGAAAUAAUCACUUGACACUUAUUUAUCUGUUAAUUACAUUGGACAGAGGAGCUUAUAUUUGAGUCAACACUAUUCAAGGCACAAUGGAAGAUCUACCUAUUACAAACAUUGUAGAAAACAAAAUCAACAAGGGUCAUUGUUUUUUUUUUUUUCAAAAUAGCUGUUACAUACAGUAGAAUUGCCUAACCAAUAAAUGCAUAAUAAAAUAAAUAAAUAGAAUUUCAAAUGAGCAGUAGAUUUUUUUUUGACAAAUUUCAAAAUUCCCUUCCAUUUCCCUGCCCUCGUAUCUUAUACCAGUGAUCAGUGAAUCAUUUUUAAUUGCAUGCUCUAUCUGAAUCAUUUCAAACUGAAGCUUGAAUGAGAAUAAAACCAAUGCAGUUUAAGAACAACUAUUAAAAGGUAGUUACAUUAAUUUGUUAAAUUAUUACAUAUAUAAAGCUAUUCUGUAUUCUGUUUUGCUGAUACUUUUGUACAGUGUACUUGUAGAAUUUCUGCCCCAUCCAACCACAGACGCAAUGCACAAUUAAAGGGACAUUGUAGUGUUUGUUUUAUUUUGUUCUAUAAAAGGAAAUGUAUUACCUUUUUUUAUAUAAAACAGUUUUUUCUAUAUUAAACCAACUUUUUCUGGUCAGGAUUGCUUAGUCUCAUCACUUGAUAUCAGAGUUGUGUGAAUUAUAUCUAUUAGUCAGUGAUCAUUAAAACAGCAAUAACAGUUGUGUACAAAUAAACAUUUCCUGUUGGGUUCAAUUUAAAGGUAAUCAGCUUUUGCUUAUAUUUUGUAUUGCAAAAUUAUUUUGAAGAUUUAAUCUCUGUCCUUUCAUUUGCAUUAUAUACACGUUUUGCUUACAAUGUCCUGUUAAUGUGAUGCGAAAGCAGCUGUAAGCUGUUGAUUUGCUCUACUGGUUAUUUUAUUGCAUUCAUACUUAAAAAAAAAAAAAGAAAGAAAAUUGAACAAAAAUGAAAUAUAUACUGUGCAGCUGGAAUAGCAAAGAAUGAAAUAAGCAAUCUAAGGAAACUUGGUUUUAUAUUUCAGUUAUCCUACACAUAGGAUUCACAUGAUAAUGGCAUGAAGCUUGGCAAUAAUAGUUCUUUAAUACACACAUACAAAAUCCUAAAUUUAGUUUAAAAUAUAUGUACAUAGACAAAAUGCAGAUUUUCAAUAGGCCUAGGAAGUUAUGUAUAAAUAUCACAUGUACAAAUAUUUGUUUUUCUUUCAAAGUAUUGGGUGCUCUAAACAGCUGGACUGUAUUACCCACAAAAAUAACUAAUGUUUUUUAUUUUUUGAAAAAUACUUUUGUUUGAUUGUAAGCUGAGCUGUAUUAAAACAUAAGGUACGAAAUAUUUCAAAUUAUAGGAUUACAUCUACAUUUUAUGUUGUGUUAAGGAUUUAUAUACAAUGCACACAUUGUUUUAAUACUGUAAACAUUGUCUUGUAUUUUUUAUAAGAGAAAGAUAUAAAUAAAGUAACAUUUGAUACUGUC